CGAGACAUUUUACUCCCGCGGUCCGCGAGGUCAGUAGUUUCUUCAGGUUCUACUGUUCAUGCGCUAUGGCGUCAGAUUUCAUGUAAACAUGGAGCGAAGUAGAUUUCCGCGGAGGAAUCGAGUUGAUUAUAAAGCACUAAAUGUUCUUUCUACAGUGGAUUUAGAAGUUCAUUUGAAAGGAAGGAGAAAAUUUAAAAGCGGAUCUAAAGUUUAUUUUGUGGAGAGACUUAUCAGCCGGCGAAGAUUGAAGAACGAGGACUUUGAAUACCUAGUAAAAUGGAAGGACUGGCCAUUGUGGACAAGCACGUGGGAGCCUUCGGCUCAUUUGAAUGAGCAUCUUAUCAGGGCAUACAGCAACCCCACUGUUACCGUGGAAAGACUACAGAGCGCAUCAGUUGCAUUUCUGGAAGGCAUUCUUUCAAUCCUAAAAUCGAAUGCG